AUGGAAGCGCAGGACAGUGAUGCAGCCGCGAGCCCGACUAAGAUUCGGUGGAAACGGACAAGGUCGGGAUGCCUGAAAUGCCGUAGCCGUCGCCGGAAGUGCGAUGGAGCCCGUCCACAAUGUAGGAACUGCCAGACUCGGGGGACAACUUGUCGAUGGGGACUCAAGGCUUCUUUUCACCAUUCGCGCAACCUCAGCUUAUCCCAUAGUGAAGUUUCUUCCUUAUGCGCUAUUGAGAGGCGCCGGGAAUCUUUGCCGUCUCAGGCACAAGCCGUUCCGACGAUAAUCGAUGAGUCAGAGUCAAUUGCUCGUGACUACCAUUUCCUUGGCGACACUUACACUUCAGAUGCUAUUCUAGACCAAUCGCAUGAGGUGGACAGAUCGGGGGUGGAUGAGGACGAGAAUGAGGAUGUGUUUGAUGAUAAAUCUGUCGUAGAGGAUGCCACAGCGUUGAAAAGAGCUGGCUGUGGCUCUGAAGGCGAAUUGAGUACGCUGGAUACAUCCUAUCUUCAUCCACAGGAAUCUUCUACGCCUCGUGCUUCAGGAACCAACGAUGAGUUAAGUACCGGAGACCUCAGCAUCAGUAAUCUGCUAUGUCAGCCCAACACACAAAUCACGCAGUCACUUCAGCCUGCGCUCCUUGAAUAUGUAUUCUCUCCAUUAUCCGAUGUCCAUCACUAUCGGCCCCAUGGCUUAGCUACACAUGAGGCUGGGGCGUAUAUUCCGCCGUUCUCGCUUGGACUGGCGGUUUCCCAGGACGAGUCGCCGCUGCCCGAGCCAUUUUUGCCUGUAACUUGCACGGAAAAGGCUCGUUUGAUUUCUUCAUUCAUACAAGAGACUGGAACGUGGUGUGAGACAACCGACUCCAAUAUGCAUUUCACAAUGCGAUCCCUGCAUUCGAUGAUGAAGUCCACGGCUUUUGUAGCAGCUGCUAUGUCUCUCGCCUCCCGCCAACUAGACUACGUCGAGAAAGUGCAGCGGCCAGUCACCCUAGAGCUAUAUCAAUAUACGAUACAACACCUUCUCCGGCAAGACCCCGCAAAGGCGGAGGCGUCGGUUCUCGCAACCUGCACUCUGCUGUGCGUUUACGAAAUGAUGGCGUCCGACGUCCAUGAGUGGCGGCGGCAUUUGAAGGGAUGUGCUGGCCUUCUUCUGGCAAAGAAGUGGAAUGGCUCGAGCCAGGGAAUUGUAAAAUCCUGUUUUUGGGCGUUUGCCCGAAUCGAUGUAUGGGCGGCUUUUAUUAGCGGUAAGACGACACUGAUCCCAGCUGACUUCUGGUUGGAUGAUGCAUCCAUCGAGUCCUUGGCCACGAAGAGAGAAGUGGAUGACUACUGUAAUUUUGCCAUCUUUAUAUUUGCUCAGAUUGUCAAUAUGUUAGCCGCACCCGGGUUUGGCGCAAGAAAAGCCGGGUCUACACUUGCUGUCUUGGUCUCUAGACUGUGGGGGGAGCUCCAGAAAUGGUACCGGCUCCGCCCCCAGGAGGUGUGCCCAUUACUGAGGGACUCUUGUCUUCCUCCCAGGGUGUUCCCGGCUGUGAUAUACACAAGUGCCUCGGCUAUUUGCGGCAAUACCUUUUACCAUACCGGAUCCAUGCUACUCUUACAAACUGGCCUCAUUCCAGAAUCGGAGAUUUCGUCUUCCCCCGUUAAGGAUGCUAUUGAUGUUGUUUGGCAUGCGAGGGAACUCUGUGGCAUAUCUAUGUCAAACCCAUCUCAUGCGAACUGGGUCAACCAGCUUCAACCACUUUAUAUUGCAGGAGCAGUAUUCGCCAGCAAGUCUUCAUCCUUAUCGGCUUGUCCAGGCUCUUCAGACGAUCAAGUGCACUCCCCCCUGUCAUCAAUACUUAAUAUCAUAAGACGAAAUAUACCCUCUCAUCACGCUCGCUCCACCAUGGAGGAAGAAUAUGCCACGGAGAAGAUAAUUUUGCUCAAACAUCUGGCUCGAAUUGAGAAUGAAACAGGCUGGAAGACUUCGGAUCGAGCGGCCGAUCUUAGGAAGCUUUGGGGUUUCUAA